AUGUCAUCUCAGUCAAAUGGAUCUAUUUUUUCAGCUAGAAAUACUGAAACCAAUACAUCAAAUGAUAUAAAAUAUGAAUCAUUUGGAUUACCAUACAUAUUUAAUCAACCUUCAAUGGUUAUAACUGAUAAUACAUCAAGUAUAAAUCCUACAUUGUCUUACUUAAAUAACUUGAACUGUUGGUCAAAUAAAGCAAUUUCCAAUAUGGAAGUUACAACUUUAUCAUCAGGUAUUGAUUUUAUGCCAACAUCGUAUUUUAAUGAACAAGAAAAGUUACAAAAAUUACAACUACAAAUUUUACAAUUAGAACAAAAAGCUAAAGAUAAUCAGAAUAUCACAAAAGAUUAUCGAUCGAAAGAAAAUAAAUUGGAGUGUUUUAAUGGUAUAAAUAUAAAUCCUGUUGAUGGUAAUAUUCCUAUACAAUUAUGGAAUAAUCUAAGAAUGAUUCCAGAUAUAUUUGCUUGCAAUAAUCCAACACUUGGAGAAAAUUCUUCUCAUCAUAAUUCUUACAGAGGAUUAGGUGUACAAGAUAUACCUCAGUUGACGUUCCUCAACCAAAUGUACAGUCGAAUGGAUAUGGAACAUUCAGAUCAAUCUAGUCAUAUUCCUGGAAAUCAUUCUAAUGUACUAACCACAGAAGCAACAAGAACUUAUCCUUAUAAAACUUUUCCUUCAGUUUCUUUACAAAAUCCUUCUUCAAUAGGUUUAAGUUCUGAACAAGAUCAAUUACUUCAUUAUGCAAAAAGUCAGAAUACAUUAUUAACAGAACAGCUUUUUAAUGAUCUGUGUACUCUUCAGAUUGAAAGUCAACGCCAACAACAAGCUAACCCAUUUUUUCGAGACAAUAUAUCUGAAUUAUUCAGAUAUUCAAACUUAUUUCAACUUAAUGAUACUAUGCACACUGGUAAUCAAGCAUUUUAUUCUUCAUCUGACUCAUUGGGUCAAGUAUUACCUCAUAACUCCAUAUCUCAGUCAAUUAAUAAUAAUAAUAAUACAUUAAUAACUGAUGCAAACAAUAACUCUUCUGUGAAUACUUUGGCGUACGCUCAAGCUUUAAUGAUGGUAAUGAACGCUGUAUAUGGUAAUUAUAAGACAGUUGAAACCUCAGAUCAAUCCGUUUCAAAUUUUACAUCACAAUCAAAUGGAUCUAACUUAAUGCAGAUUGGUUCAGUCAAUAAUUCAUAUCAACAGGCAAAAAGUUUAAAUCCUGAACCUAAAGAGUCAUUCAGUGAGGUUUUAACAUUUCUUAGCAAGUGUUUAAAUGAUCCUACAAAUCAUAAUGAUAAGCGUCAAUCGCAGUCAUAUGUGAAACAGUCACAACAAACAUCAGGUCCUAUAUGCACAAAACCUGCUACAUUGAAGUUAUCUGGACGACAAAAGACCCAUGAUGGUAACAACCAAACGAAUCAAAGUACUUCAUCAACAACACAUCGUGGUAGAGGGAGACCACCAAAACUAGUUGGUACACAAUAUCAAACACAAAGUAAACAACAAUCACAAUCCAAGCAAAACAGUUUGAUGACCAGUAAUGACAGACAGUCAAAGGUUAGUACUCAACGAAUGACAUCGGUUACUUCAAUAAAUAGUACCCCUAAUUUAGAUCAUAACUGUUCACAGUUAAAGACAGAAUAUCCCUCAACAUAUUCCAAAUUAAAAACUGAUGUCUAUAAAUCUGUAACCGGUGAAUCAACUGAAUUAUUACCUUACUUAACUUUCAAUGAAGUCAAAAUAAAAAAGGAUUUAGAAUCUCAAGAACAAAAAAUUUUCAGUCCAAUGAAUAAUAGAAAUGGAUCUAGCAUUGAAGAAACGAUUGAUGAAGUUUUACAAAGUAUUGCAGAUUAUAAAGAGGAUCUAGUAACAUUAGCUACUCAAUUAGCAAGUGAUUCAUCUUUAAUCAAUAUACAUACAGCCUCAGAAUUCACUUCAUCAACACCAGAUACAAAGGGUUCAUCUCUAACAUGUACUGGACAGUCACGUUCACGAAAGUCAUAUUCUUCUGAGAGGAAUCCAGAAACUGUCAAUAAAAAUGUUGGACAACUUGGUAUGCUAGGAGAGACGAUUUACUCCAACUCUCUUAGACAAAACUUAUCCACUCCAAAGAAUAGUCAAGAUAUAACUGAGACAACAAGUGACUUCUUCAGUCAACCUAGGCUAUCGGAAUCAAAAUAUGCGAAAAAGUGUACACUGCCAGUCCAUUCUAGUUUGAAGACAUCUAUCGAUCCUGAAGUUUCUAAUGAUUAUAUGAGGAUCAAAGAAGAGAUGAAAUCUUCUCAGAGUAUAGAUCUUACAUCAUCUUAUCCAUCAAAAAAACGAAACAAUUCAUCGAAUAUUACAUCACAUGAAUUUUAUACACCAAAAAAUUCCUACUUGGAAUCGAAUCAAAUGAAUAUCUUCCCCUCUAAUAUAUAUACAAGUUUUCAAGGAUCAUAUUCACAAAAUCAACAAUCUAGUCAAGUGUUAAGCGAGCAAGCAUAUUAUGAUAUGUUUAACAAUAUAUCACAACAAGGAUCAGUUAAUUUAUCUCAUUUAAAUUCUACUUGGUCUAAUUUUUCACAUACUGUUGCAGAUACUAUACAGCAACAAAAAUUCUCCGAGAAAGAGUAUCUGAAAAAUUUCUUCAUUGAAUUUGUAAAACAACAAGAAAAAGUGAAAAGAGAAAAAGAUUGUCUAGCCAUGGAAGAAAGAAAACAACUACGUGAAACGAAAAUACAAGAACUUAUCGAACAAGAAUUAAGAAAACCAAUUGAAGAUUUACGUUUAAUUAACCUAAAGCCGAUACCAAAAUUCGAUUCAAUCCCAGGAAAUAGAAUGUCUGGUAAGAUGUUUGGAAACUGCCUUAUGAUUAUUGAAUUCCUCCAUGCAUUCAAAGAUAUCUUGAAUUUAGAUUCAGAAACAAUUCCAAAUCUCAGAGAAUUUCAGUCUGCAUUUAUUGAUCGAGAUUCUGAAUGUCAACAAAUUUUAAUUCAUUUGUUAAUUGAACUACUUCGACUAGCUACUGAAGAUCCUGGGAUAGCAAGUUCACGAUUAGUUACUCAAUUACUUGGUCAGAAAUUCAGUGAAACUGAAUUUAAUGAGUCUAAUAUAAGUGGUAUUCUUCGAGCAUUUAUUAUUGGACGAAAUGGUCAUGAAGAUGAUAUGUCUGAUUGGUUGAAACCACCAGUUCAGUUUAUUGAUCUCAAUGGUGAUCAACAAGCUGCUUUACUAGCUUUUAUUUGUGAUGAACUGAUCUGUUCAAGUCGUUUAAUAUCUAUAGAAGUUGAUAAAGCUAUUGAACAACAAUUGUUACUGAAAAGAGAAAAAUGGAUUAUUGAAUCAAGAAUACGAAGGUUACGCUUAUUAAUUGCUCAAAAGUCAACUAUUGGUACAAAUUCUAUAAUUUCAUCAAUGGAAUAUGAAAGAGAAGGUAAAUGUGAUAUAUUAUCAUCAGAAGCUUAUGGAAUAAAAGAUGAAGACGAGAUAACUCAUUUAGAAAAAAGUUAUAUACCUUUGAAACGUUAUUCAAAACCAAUUACCAAGUUCAAUACAGAGGGAGGACAAUAUAGUGGUAACCAGAAAUCCUAUAAACGAGACACUAUAGUGAAAUCAACAUGUGUAAUAGAUACUAUGAUGGUUCAGUCAAAUUCAGUCACAGUAGCGGGAUCAAGUACUUGUGAAGAGAUUACAUCAUCACCUACAUUAGUAAAAACUGUCAAUUCUUCUGUAAUUCCAUUAAAUAGUUGUAUUACUUCAACAGAUUCAUUCAUACUAUCAGAGGAUGAAGAUAAUAUGCAUAAAACAUAUGAACUUGAGGCUAAAAUUAAAAUAUUAAACAAUGCAGUAGAACAAAAACAAAGAGAAAUUGAUGAAUGUUCUUCUAAACUAUCUGGUAUUUUUCUUGGUCAAGAUAGAUAUUAUCGUAAUUAUUAUGUUUUAAAACAUAUGGGGGGUAUUUUUAUUGAAUCUGAACCAUGCAUCAAUAUUUAUUCAAAAGAUGAAUAUUGUUCUAAUCGAUUAAGAAGUAAAAUAAGUGAAAACUAUAUAACAUCUAUUGAUAGUUUAUCAAAUAGCCUUCCAGAUUCUCAUCCUGAUUAUAUUGUAGGUGUAAUUGAAGCAUAUCGUACACUUGCUCAACAACGUCAUCUUAAGUUAACUACAUCAACAAUUAAUUCACAUUUAUAUACACAGACUUCUACUAUUCAAUCUAUAAAUAAAUCUGAAAUAAGUAUAGAGAAAUUACAAUCAGUUGAUAAAUCAUUAUGA